AUGGCUCUGUACUCGGAACCGCCGCCGUUACGACCCUUCGGCGAGGUCAAGCCGACGUUGCUGGUGUGCUGGUGGAUCACCAGCUUCUGCGCUGUAAUCAUCGCCCUGAGGGUCAUUGGGCGGUUCAUCCGGUCUGAGAAAUUGUUUAGCGAGGACAAGACCGCUGCCCUGGCGCUCGUGCCACUGUUUCUACGAAUGGGCUGCGUUCAUGUUAUCCUGAUUUAUGGCACCAAUAAUGCUCGCCUGGAAGGGGCUGGUCUUUCGGACGACGAACUCCACAAUAGGUCCAUCGCCAGUGGUUUGGUUCUCCUGAGCAGGGUAUUCUACGCCGCUACACUUUGGAUCCUCAAGUAUGCUAUCCUCGAAUUUUUCAGGAGGCUCAACAUCACUUGGAGACGGACGUAUGAUUUGGCGCUGAUGUUCAUUCGCGGCCUCCUCAUCACAACCUUCAUCGCCGUUGUGAUCAGUGACCUGGCCGAAUGCCAGCCCUUCGACCACUACUGGCGGGUGCUCCCUGACCCGGGGGGCCAAUGCCGUCAGGGGUACGCACAACUCCUCACCAUGGCUGUCUGCAACGUCGUGACGGACUUGUCCCUGGUCAUGUUUCCCGUCCCUGUCAUUCUUAGUAGCUCAAUGAGCGCGAAGCGCAAGUUUCAGCUCGUACUACUCUUCUCCCUCAGUAUCGCCCCGGUCAUCGUCACCAUCUACCGGGUGCCGCAAAUCAUCAACGAGCAAGGAAGCCAGCAAACCCGCUCCCUCUACGCUUCCAUCGAACUGCUCUUCGCAACCGCCGCAGCCAACACCCUCGUGCUGGGAUCUUUCGUCCGAGACAGGGGCGUCAAAAAGCGGAGGUUCAAAUACGACUCCAUCGCCGCGGGUUCCGUCGACCAUUCAUCCGCCUCCGAAUCCCGACGGCCGACCGCGCUCCGACACUGGGGCAGCGACGAGGACCUCGUGCGGGACCUGGGCCUCGGCGUGACGCCCGAGCUGCGCGACAUGCACCCGUCGCCGACCGAGAACCGCCAGUACAUCCCCGCGCCGCGCGCCAACACGAACCCGGACAUGGACGCCUGGCGCUUCCCGGGCUACGACGGACCGAGCCUGCCCCGCACGAGCGAGGACCCCGCCGGCGACAAGUCGACGCGCAGCGACUCGACCGCCACCCACCGCCGCGUCUCCUUCUUCGACUACGGCGGCCUGCUCGACGACCAGCCGCCGCCGACGGCGUCCACGGCGACGAAACCCCUGCGAGCGAGCUCGUCCCUGUCCGGCAGCGACCAGUCCGGCUCGCCGACGAGGAGGCCCGACCCGGUUGUCCCGGCGAGCGGGAACGGUUUCCGCAGGGGCUCGGCCGCGCUGCUGCAGGAUCUGGGCGGGUUUCUGGCGCCGCCGGGCUCGAAGAGUGCGUCGAGGUCCAAGCCGAGGGCUAGGAGUGGUAGCAAUCUAUCGCCGAUCAAGCAGGCGAAGAAGGAGGAAUCGAGAUCCCCGACACCACCACCACCAUCGCCACCGCCGCCGCCGCCACCGCAGGAUGGGGAAGGCAGAGGGGAGCCGCAGCUGAUGGAUGUGGGUGGGUUGUUGGCGUCGGGACGUGGGGCUUGA